AUGUAUUCUGUUGCCACGCCGUUUCAUCCAUUUGGUGGGGCAGUUGACAUAAUAGUCGUCCAGCAGCAAGAUGGAACCUUCCGAAGCACGCCUUGGUAUGUACGAUUUGGUAAAUUUCAGGGUGUUCUUAAAGGGGCAGAGAAAGUUGUCCGAAUAGAAGUUGAUGGAGUUGAAGGCAAUUUUCAUAUGUGUCUAGAUAAUUCUGGUGAAGCAUAUUUUGUUAGGGAAGUUGUUCCUGACAAGGACGACAAGGCAAACGAAGUUUUGAAGGAUUCGGAUAAUCAUGAAGGCACCAAUAUUGAUAAUUAUUCAGAAGACAAUAGCUUUCUUAUACAAGAAGCUAAUGAUUUUAGUAAUGGUGAAGUAGAGGUGCUAGACGAACGUCUUACUCUAGGCAUGGACCGAUUGGAGAUGAACGAGUCUGACAGCGAGCGGGUAUUCUACGAGUUUCAAGACGAACAAUCUUCUCUAGAGGGUUCAAUUGGGUUGUCAGAAUAUGAUUCCAGUAGAUAUGACAAUUUAGAUGGUGUGGAGCAUGUGAUAGAAUCACACGCUUCAAAUUCAGAAGUAGUUCUGGUGAGUGUGGAUGGGCACAUACUGACAGCACCCAUCUCAUCUUCGGAGAGGAACAGUGAAAACUUGCAACUAUGCACGCCUCAGUUUCACCUUGGUCCAGGUGAAAGGUCUGAAGAAUACAAUACCAGUGUAGUUCCAUGGUCUGCUGAUUAUAUGAGUGAUUUGGACACCUCUACAUGUAAAGUUACUUCUGAAAAUGCACAUAAGGCUGACAAUGGCAGUCAAGCUUCUGAAGGAGCUGAGGAGAAUCUCUCUCAUGUGCUAGAAAGACAGCAUACAGCUAACCGGGGCAGAGACUUUUGCUCGAGUAGUUCAGAAACCACGUCCAAUAGUUUCAAGAGGGCCGAGGUUUUCAAAAGCUGUUCGGGGCUCCAAGAAUUGGCUGUGCAGUCUAUGAAUGCCAUUCAACAAGACGCGGGUUCUUUAAUGCAGAUUCACGAGUCUGCUGAAGAUCUAAAUGAGAAGUCCCCUCGAAGUCCUUUGACAAAUGAUGAAACUGAAGAGGGAAAUCUUGGAAAAUCAACAUAUCAAAAUAGAUUAACUCCCUCAUAUUCUGAAUAUCCCAGCACUGUUUCUUUGAAAGAUUUUCCAGGUGAAGUUGAAACCCACGAAAAAAAUACAUUUGAUAUGGACCUGAAUGGUACUGAUGGCAUACCUACUGAUCAGAAACCAGCAGAGAAUCUGAUGGAUGCAGAUUUAGAAGCCGAAGGAAUGAAGAGUGACCAGCAAGCACCUGUAUCUGAAGAUGAAUGCAGUAAAGACGAACAUCUUGACCCUCAUUCUAAAGCUUUAAUUGGAGACAUGAAAGUGGGCUUCAACACAGGGUUAGAAAUAUCUCUCUGUGGGAACUUGCUUUGCGCUGGCAUGGGUUUGAGUGCAGCAGCGGAAGCCUUCGACCGAAACUGCAUAUCAUUGGAGGAAUUUAAAGUUUCUGCCUCAUCAAUUGUUAAAAAUGAAAAUUUAAUUGUUAGAAUUCAAGGGAAGUACUUAAUAUGGGAUAAUGCUGCACCCAUCAUUCUUGGACUGGCAGCUUAUGGUUUGAAUUUACCUGUUGAGCUGGACAACGUAAUUCCAGUGGAACAGGAAACGACAGAAGCCAAGGAUGAUGAAUCUGGAUUGAAGUCAACUCCUUCUGGACGCAGAUGGAGGCUCUGGCCUAUUCCAUUUAGGCGGGUUAAGACACUUGAGCAUACUGGUAGCAACUCAUCAAACGAGGAGGUCUUUGUUGAUUCUGAAUUUGUCUCAGAGAGCCAACAUGUUGAACCAACUCCAACACCUCGUGCUGCCAGCGAAUCUCCUAGGAAGCAAGUUAUAAGAACAAAUGUUCCCACCACCGAUCAGAUAGCUUCUUUAAAUCUCGAAGAGGGACAAAACAUGGUGAAUUUCAUCUUCUCCACAAGAGUUCUUGGAACUCAGAAGGUUGAAGCUCAUAUAUACCUGUGGAAGUGGAAUACACGAAUUGUAAUUUCUGACGUAGAUGGGACGAUUACUAAGUCUGAUGUUCUCGGUCAGUUUAUGCCUUUGGUUGGGAAGGACUGGACACAUUCUGGAAUAGCUCGUCUUUUUUCUGCAAUUAAGGAGAAUGGGUAUCAGCUGUUAUUUCUGAGUGCACGAGCAAUUGUUCAAGCGUACUUGACUAAGAGUUUUCUAUUCAAUCUGAAGCAGGAUGGAAAAAGCUUACCCAAUGGACCUGUUGUGAUUUCACCCGAUGGCCUAUUUCCCUCAUUGUACCGGGAAGUUAUAAGAAGAGCUCCUCAUGAGUUCAAGAUUGCUUGUUUAGAGGAUAUCAAAGCACUUUUUCCUGCUGACUAUAACCCAUUUUAUGCGGGUUUUGGAAACAGAGACACUGAUGAACUCAGUUAUCGGAGAAUAGGGAUCCCAAAAGGCAAAAUCUUUAUCAUUAAUCCCAAGGGUGAGGUAGCCAUUAAUCACCGUAUUGAUGUGAAGUCAUACACUUCAUUGCAUACUCUGGUACACGACAUGUUCCCACCAACAUCACUGGUCGAGCAGGAAGAUUAUAACUCUUGGAAUUACUGGAAAAUACCCUUGAUAGAUAUCUAA